UAUAAUAAACACACGAGAAUCGGUCUAAAGGUUGAAAACCUGAGCUGCUUCUUCUUCUCAUCGAUCAAAAUGGGGAAUACGAAUUGCAUCAUCGGAGGUUGCAUAGAUCAAGCGAGCGUUGGUGUGGUUGAACGCUGGGGUCGAUUCGAGCACAUAGCCGAGCCUGGUUGCCACUUCUUCAACCCUCUCGCGGGUCAGUGGCUCGCCGGAGUCCUCUCCACCAGGAUCAACUCUCUCGAGGUCAAAAUCGAGACCAAAACCAAGGAUAAUGUGUUUGUGCAGCUGAUUUGCUCGAUUCAGUAUCGUGUGGUGAAAACUAACGCUGAUGAUGCGUUUUACGAGCUUCAGAACCCUAGAGAGCAGAUCCAAGCUUACGUUUUUGAUGUGGUUAGAGCUUUGGUUCCGAUGAUGACGCUGGACGCUCUUUUUGAACAAAAGGGAGAAGUAGCUAAGUCUGUUCUUGAAGAACUCGAGAAGGUGAUGGGGGCUUAUGGAUACAGCAUUGAGCACAUCCUUAUGGUUGACAUCAUCCCUGAUCCUUCUGUACGUAAGGCCAUGAACGAAAUCAAUGCAGCACAAAGGCUACAGCUCGCUAGUGUUUACAAAGGAGAAGCUGAGAAGAUUCUCCAAGUGAAAAGAGCCGAAGCAGAGGCGGAAGCCAAGUACUUAGGCGGUGUGGGUGUUGCUAGACAGAGGCAAGCAAUCACAGACGGGUUGAGGGAGAACAUAAUGAACUUCUCUAGCAAAGUAGAAGGCACUUCGUCCAAAGAUAUCAUGGACUUGAUCAUGAUCACACAGUACUUUGACACCAUGAGAGACCUUGGAAGCUCGUCUAAGAACACAACCGUGUUUCUGCCUCACGGUCCGGGACACGUGAGGGAUAUCAGCGACCAGAUUCGUAACGGUUUGAUGGAGGCGUCCAGUGCUCGUGUCAGCGACGGAGUCUAAAGAGAGAUUCACUUGGGGUUGUGAGUUGGGUUUGCUGGUUUUGCUAUUUUUAUUAUGGUUUAAAUUACAUUUUAGCACUUGGGUGUGUGUUGAGUUUAUUUGGAUGUUGCUUCCUUUUAUUGUUUAUGGUUUUAUUGGUGAUAGUUGUAUUAGUGAUAUAAAUAAUAACCCAAAGUACUUUGAGCUCUUAUUGUAAUA